UUGGGAGGAAAGUAUUCUUAUAACGCUACCUGGAUUAUUGUAUACUGUACCUGCCUACUUUUGAUUAUUACCUGCUUUUCCUGUCAUUGUGGAUUAUACUACCUCUCCGCUACAGUCACCAUGAUACCCGAUAGUCGUAUUUCUUAUCUAUUGCAAAACUUUUGUCAUUUUUCUAAGUAUGGCAAACAAUUUAUUGUGACCGAUUUCAUUUAACUCACAGUAUAUAUUUUUUUCAGGUGUAUUUCCCAGGAGCGGCAUUUCUGAAAGAGGUGACCAGAACAGAAAUCCAUGCAGCAAGGCUAUGCAGAAAUCUUUGAAUAACCGAACCAAGCAGUCAAGCAUUUUCUCAGAUUCCAAUAUGUUCUCAAAUGAGAUCGUAAACAUAAACCGCAAACCAUUCUCAUGUUCUGAAUGUGGGAAAUGUUAUAGCUGGAAGUCAGCUCUUACACAACAUCAGAGAAUACACACAGGAGAGAAGCCCUUCUCGUGUUCUGAAUGUGGAAAAUGGUUUAAUAAAUAUUUAACUCUAAUGACACAUCAGAGAACGCACACAGGAGAGAAACCUUUCUUAUGCAAUGAAUGUGGUAAAGAUUUUGUUUGUAAACAAAGUCUAAAGGUACAUCAGAGAAUACACACCGGAGAGAAACCUUUCUCAUGUUCUGAAUGCGGAAAAUGUUUUAGGAAAAGUUCAAAUCUUGUUAUACAUCAGAGAGUACACACAGGAGAGAAACCUUUCUUAUGCAAUGAAUGUGGGAAAGAUUUUGUCUCUAAACAAAGUCUUAUGGUACAUCAAAGAAUACACACAGGAGAGAAACCGUUCCCAUGUUCUGAAUGUGAAAAAUUUUUUCGCUAUAACUCAACUCUUACUGCACAUCAAAGAACUCACACAGGAGAGAAACCGUUCUCAUGUUCUGAAUGUGGAAAAUGUUUUAGUAAAUAUUUAACUCUAAUGACACAUCAGAGAACGCACACAGGAGAGAAACCUUUCUUAUGCAAUGAAUGUGGUAAAGAUUUUGUCUGUAAACAAAGUCUAAUGGUACAUCAGAGAAUACACACCGGAGAGAAACCUUUCUCAUGUUCUGAAUGCGGAAAAUGUUUUAGGAAAAGUUCAAAUCUUGUUAUACAUCAGAGAGUACACACAGGAGAGAAACCUUUCUUAUGCAAUGAAUGUGGGAAAGAUUGUGCCUGUAAAGAAAAUCUUAUGAUACAUCAGAGAAUACACACAGGAGAGAAACCAUUCUCAUGUUCUGAAUGUGGAAAAUGUUAUAGCUUUAAGUCAGCUCUUAAACAACAUCAGAGAAUACACACAGGAGAGAAACCUUUCUUAUGCAAUGAAUGUGGGAAAGAUUUUGUUGGAAAACAAAGUCUUAUGAUACAUCAGAGAAUACACACAGGAGAGAAACCGUUCUCCUGUUCUGAAUGUGGAAAAUGUUUUAGCCGUAACUCAAUUCUUACUGCACAUCAAAGAACACACACAGGAGAGAAACCGUUCUCAUGUUCUGAAUGUGGAAAAUGUUUUAGGAAAAGUUCAAGUCUUGUUACACAUCAGAGAGUACACACAGGAGAGAAACCUUUCUUAUGCAAUGAAUGUGGGAAAGAUUUUGUCUGUAAACAAAGUCUUAUGAUACAUCAAAGAAUACACACAGGAGAGAAACCGUUCUCAUGUUCUGAAUGUGGAAAAUGUUUUUGCUAUAACUCAACUCUUACUGCACAUCAAAGAACUCACACAGGAGAGAAACUGUUCUCAUGUUCUGAAUGUGGAAAAUGUUUUCGCUAUAACUCAACUCUUACUGCACAUCAAAGAACUCACACAGGAGAGAAACUGUUCUCAUGUUCUGAAUGUGGAAAAUGUUUUCGCUAUAACUCAACUCUUACUGCACAUCAAAGAACUCACACAGGAGAGAAACCGUUCUUAUGUUCUGAAUGUGGAAAAUGUUUUAGUAAUUAUUUAACUCUAAUGACACAUCAGAGAACGCACACAGGAGAGAAACCAUUCUCAUGCUCUGAAUGUGGAAAAUGCUUUGUUGAUAAAGCACGACUUAUUUGUCAUCAGAGAUCUCACACAGGAGAGAAACCGUUCUCAUGUUCUGAAUGUGGAAAAUGUUAUAGCUGUAAGUCAGCUCUUAAACAACAUCAGAGAAUACACACAGGAGAGAAGCCCUUCUCCUGUUCAGAAUGUGGAAAAUGUUUUCGCUAUAACUCAACUCUUACUGCACAUCAAAGAACUCACACAGGAGAGAAACCGUUCUCAUGUUCUGAAUGUGGAAAAUGUUAUAGCUGUAAGUCAGCUCUUAAACAACAUCAGAGAAUACACACAGGAGAGAAGCCCUUCUCCUGUUCUGAAUGUGGAAAAUGUUUUCGCUAUAACUCAACUCUUACUGCACAUCAAAGAACUCACACAGGAGAGAAACCGUUCUCAUGUUCUGAAUGUGGAAAAUGUUUUAGUAAUUAUUUAACUCUAAUGACACAUCAGAGAACGCACACAGGAGAGAAACCAUUCUCAUGCUCUGAAUGUGGAAAAUGCUUUGUUGAUAAAGCACGACUUAUUUGUCAUCAGAAAUCUCACACAGGAGAGAAACCGUUCUCAUGUUCUGAAUGUGGAAAAUGUUUUAGUAAGUAUUUAACUCUAAUGACCCAUCAGAGAACUCACACAGGAGAGAAACCUUUCUUAUGCAAUGAAUGUGGAAAAUGUUAUAGGUGUUACUCAAGUUUUGUUAAACAUCGGAGAACUCACAGGAGAGAAACCGUUCUCAUGUUCUGAAUGUGGAAAAAAAGCUGGUCUGUCAUCAGAGAACUCACACAGGAGAAACACCUUUCUCAUGUACAUAUUGUUGAAAAGGUUUUGUCACUAAAGCAGAGCUCUUCAGUCAUCAGAGAACUCACAGGAGAGAAACCAUUCACGUGUUCUAAAUGUUGAAAAUGCUUUCGCUGUCACUAAGCUCUUAUUACACAACAGAGAACUCACACUGGAGAGAAACCGUUCUCAUGUUCUGAAUGUGGAAAAUGUUUUACUCAACAUUCACAUCUUAUUAUACAUCAGAGAAUUCACACAGGUGAUGAGUCUCUAAAAAUUUAUAAUGCAUCUAUGCAUUAACAUAGGAAUAAAAUAUCUUGUGUGAAUUCGUCUCAUGCUGACACAAUAAAUCGUAACUGUCAUAGUAGCAGUCAAUGUACAUAUGAUGCUAUCAUCCGGGGUGCCUAACCUGCAUUGCUAACUCUAAAGGCUAGUUCCCCCAAUCCCCAUAUUAAUACAGACUUCAAGCAAAGGUUAUGUUUACUUCUAAUUCUCUAGGGUUUUUCUUAAGGCAUACAAUGCAGCUGAGACUAUAACUAAUAAAUAUACCAAUUUUGUCACGUUAUCAAAUCAGACAUUCAUAGAGUCAAAUAAAGAGCCUCCUGAAAAAUAUUUAAUGAGCUUUAAAAUAUCUGUGUUGCAGGAUUUGUUUCUUUGUAAUAUUAUCAUUCUUGUAUUAGUUGCAAAUUACAUAAUUUCAGACUUAUUUCAUACACAGGAACUGAGAGGCCCUACCUACACAUUAAUUAUAGGACUUAUGUCAAUUGUAUAUCAAUGGUCAACACAUAUGGGUUUUUUUUUCAGAUAGAUUGAUGAAGACCUGUUGUUAUAACCUUCAACCCUGCAUUCCAGGCCAGACUCCCAUGUGUAUUAAGAAGGGACUCUUUCUGAAUGUAUUCAUUUAAACAUAUAUAGUAAAGUCCUAUAACCAUUUUUAUAAUGUAUUAUAAAUAGAUUGGGCAGAAUGGGGAUUAAGUCACAACCCUUUUUACACUUAUUUUAAAGAAUCAAAUAGCCUUAUACUUAUGUGUACUUAUCCUAAUUAAUUGAAUUCGUAGACAUAUAAAAGCUUUUGCAGAUAAACAUUCACCACCAAUACUUAGCAUCAAAAAUGUAUAUUAACUUGAAGUGCAUACAUAUUGCUGUAUUGGUCCAGAUGUGUGCCAAUAUUUUUUUUAUUUUCGGAUGGCGUGUAUUGUUUGAAUAAAUAUAAAUUCUUUUGUACUUUUA